AUCGACGAUUAUUAUGAGUUUUUGGAAGUUUCUUCCACUGCCUCAACAUCGGAGAUUCAACGGGCUUAUCGUAAGAAAGCAUUGAGGUACCAUCCAGAUAAGAAUCCUGAUAAUCCUUAUGCAAAAUCAAAAUUUGAACAAUUGUCCAAAAUUUUGGAUAUUUUAAGUGAAUCUGGUUCCCGUGAAAAAUAUGACCGAUCGUUGCGAGCUCGUAAAGAGAAGGCCAUGAGAGAUGCUCAAUUGGAUGCUAAAAGGCGUAAACUACGAGAGGAACUUGAAGCCAAAGAGCAAAGAGCCAAGGAAGAAAAAGAAAAGAAAAUCAUGGAAGAUCUUAUCAGAAUGAGAGAUGCCGAAAAGACGAGAUGUUCUAAUCUAUUUUUAUUAGAGAAAGAGAAUCAAAAUCUUAGGAAUCGAUUAAACUCUGAAUUAUCCGAUAUUGAAAAUCGUGUUGGUCCAAAUUAUGAAAUUCUGUUUAACGUGAAAAUUCAAUGGGAUCAUAGACUUGAAGUUACAUCUAAUGCUCUAUUUAACAUCUUCUCUAAAUUUGGUGAAAUAAGUGUGAUUAUGAUUCCAAAUUUUUCUAAAGCCGAAAUAGAAAUUAAAUCAAAACAAGUGGCCUUACAAGUGGUCAAUGAAAAAUUCGAUAAUCUGAUCAUCAAAGGAUUACAAGUCGUUGUCCGUCCAAGACCCGAAUCAUCACCUUUUGGUCCACGACAUGGACAAUCGUUGGAGAAUUUUGAAAAUGAAGUUCUAUCUAAAUUGAGAUUAGCCCAACAAUAUCGAAACAUGGGUCAACCUCCCCCACCUUUGAUCUGUUAAUACACUCCAAAAACGCAUAAAACUCCAUUUCCACCAAUAACUUGUGAUAUUCUGUUCAUUCAACUAAAUUUAUUGAUAUGCAACAAGUUUGUUUUAAGUAAAUAAUUGUCUCUUUAAA